AGCGUGGCGGACGGAGGCUGGUGAGCAUCCUGGCAUGGCACCAUGGUGGCCUUGUCGUAUCGCCGGGCCCGCCUGCUGGCGUUGGCCCUGCUCGGCAGCGGAUUCCUCGUGGCUCGCAUACACCGAGCGCAACUCGGUGGCGGAGCAGCUCCCGUCGUCCUCACCGGGCAGCAAGCGCUGCAGGUCACGAUUCCAUUAGAGCUGUCUCAAAAGCCCGCGUCUCGACCUCCUACCAAGCUCCUCAAGUACCCCUUCAGGUACUAUGACCCCCACCAGCCACCCAGACACAAAGUUCGGGCCAAGGACUUACUUUCCUAUUUCAAGCCCGUUGGCAAUGCCACCUGCUUCGUACACGGUACCGAUAUUAAAGCGAGCCACAAUUCUUGCGUAUGCCGGCCGGGGUGGUUCUCGGACGACUGCAGCCUACCCGAAGCCAUCAGUUCUUCCAAGCGCUUCAGACGUCGCUGGACUAACAGGAAAGUCCACCGCAGGAGCGGCAAGCCUCGGCGUAUCGUCAAUGCGAUCAACAUAAACCACGAGCUCGACCUAUUAGAGGUGCGGUUGCGAGAACUGCAUGACGUCGUGGACGUGUUCGUUAUCUGCGAGUCCAACUACAGCGCAAGGGGAGAGCCUAAGCCGCUGCACCUUCUUCCGGAACUCCGGAAAGGUUUUCUGGCGCCGUAUCAGGACAAGAUCGUGCACGUCUUCCUCGACCACUUCCCGAGCAAAGGCCGGGAAGACGGCUGGUUCGCUGACGGCUACCAGAGGAGCUUUCUCUGGCGACAGGCCAAGAAGCAACUCUCUGGACUCAGGGACGAUGACCUGUUCGUGCUGACGGACGCCGACGAGAUACCGAGGGCGGGUCCUCUUGCGUAUCUCAAGACGCACGAGGGCUUCGGGGAACCGAUGUUUCUGCGAUUGCGUUGGACGCUGUACGGAUUCUUCUGGCAGCACGUGCAAGAGCACGUGCAAGUGCUCUCCGUGUGCACGAUGAGAUUUAUGUCGCGCGUGCUGCGCAAUGACGCGGCUCGCCUGCGCCGAGAGGACAUUCCGGUCAACUCGGAGGAGCUUUACGGAGGGGAGCUCGAGGACUGGACCCUGGGCCAGAAUGACGACUACAACGCCGGCUGGCACUGCUCGUGGUGCUUCGACAUCGAGGGUCUCCGAGUGAAGCUCAAGUCGGCGCAGAAGGACGACGGCAUACGGUGGGGAGACUUUCCCGAAAAGACUUCCGCUAGCUUUCUGAACGUCCUGGUCAGACGCGGCCUGUGGUUCGACGGCAAGAAAGUGACUAAGCCGAGCGUGCUCACUCGGGGGGGUACUGUGCCGUCAUGCGUGAUGGAUGACGUUAAAUACGGUUAUCUCCUUACGCCUGAUAACGGGACCACGCGCACCCCGGAAGUGCAGUAGUUUGCAAUUGGGAUGUGUCGCUUUUCAUCUUCAACUAUUUGCAAAAUUUCUUCCAAAGA